UCACAGGUAAGGUGCGUAGCCAUAUACUUGAAAUGCAACGGUGGUGGGCUUAACUGGGUUUUACACUCAAGAGGGUUCUGCUACUUUUCUCCUCCUCGUGCGCUGCAAAUUGGGUCGUCUUUUAUGCAAUUCUGGUUAGUCACAAUAUCUAUAUAUCUACAGGUUAAGCGCUAUCUUGUUUUGAAAUGGCUUUCUCACGAGGAGCAAAAUACCCUGUUGAGAUCCUAUAUAAGAGGUUAAGUAGUCCUGUUUGUAGUGGACAUGGUUAUUACUCUACUCGGGCAUAUGGGGGAAGUUCCAUUGCUAAAGCAAGAGAAACUACAAGCUCACUUUCUUCUAGUUAUGCCACUUCACAUUGUGCUUUUGGAAUGUUUUUGAGAAGAUACACGGUUGAAGUUCCUGCUUCGGAACAUACCAGUCUUAUAAAGCAGUUGAGGGAAAGGACAAGUGCUCCUAUAAAAGAUGUCAAGUCUGCUCUUAUUAGUUGCAAUUGGGACAUUGAGGCUGCGCAGACGGAACUGAGGAAAAGAGGAAUUGUUCUCGCAUCAAAGAAGUCCACUCGAACUGCUGCUGAAGGUCUGCUUGCCCUAGCUCAGAAUGAGCACAAAGCUGCUGUUAUUGAACUCAAUUGCGAAACAGACUUCGUUGCAAGGAAUGAUAUAUUUCAGUACUUGGCCUUAUCUUUGGCAAAGUUAGCUUUGCUGGCUGAAAGUUCUUCUCAGCAGGUUUCUGGGGCCUUUCAUGUUGGACCUGAGAUUUUGGAGGAUUUGAAGAUAAAUUUUGACCACCCUAAAUUAAGUGGAGAGAAAACAGUUCAAAAUGCAAUUACAGAAGUGGCUGCAAUGAUGGGGGAGAAUGUCAAACUUAGGAGGGGUUUUGCAAUGUCUACAUCUUCACAUGGCAUCAUUUCUACAUAUCUCCACACGAGCCCCCAACCAGGUUUGGGACGUAUUGCUGGAAUUUUAUCUCUUGAAGUAGAGGAUGAGACUGCUUCAUUGGAUGCUCUCCAUCAUGUUGGAUCAGAAUUGGCCAUGCAUGUAGUGGCAGCAAAACCAUUAUUCUUAACAAAGGAACUUGUUUCUUCUGAUGCGUUAGAGAACGAGCGUGAGAUUCUCAAGUCUCAGGCACAAACUACAGGGAAGCCUCAGAUGGCCAUAGAGAAAAUGGUGGAAGGUCGUUUGCGAAAAUACUUUGAAGAAGUAGUUCUAAUGGAGCAAAAGUUUAUUGUGAAUGAUUCUCUUAAUGUGAAGACAUUGUUGAAUAAUCUAUCCAAGGAAGUGAACUCACCAGUGAAGAUUGGAAAUUUUUAUCGAUUAGAAGUUGGAGAAGGAAUGCAGAGCGCAAGCCUUUGAAGUAUGCAAGUGGCUUGGUUUAUUUUGAAAUAGCAGAUGUGACAGGCUUGAAGCAUCCAGUGCACCUGAACCUAUGGCCCAAGCUGCUUAACCAGAGUUGAUCAAUCAUGUGCCAAACCGAAAAAUCCCAAAAAGCAAGAGUUCUGAAGAUGUCACCUCUGACCUAUUUUUCUUCAGUCUCGUUACUGGAGUGCCGAACUGAGGCCUUGAAGGGCUGUAGCGUGUGUUGGGUCCUGAAAUGCUGGUACUUAUAUUUUCACAACACAGUUGUGACAUAUGCUGUUUUUUGCUUUUAUUGAACCAGCUUACCAACCUAUCAUAGACGGCAAACAACCUACCUUAGUUGUAUUGACGUUUGUUUCCGUAUUGGAGCUAAAUAAUAUAUUCUUUAGGGGACAUUCAAAGUAAAACUUAUAUACUGUCUUCUUUUUCCAA